UGUCCCCAGCACAGAAUACUGGGCUGCAGCAGUGGCCCAUACAGGCACAGUCUGAAGGUAUGACGGAAAACCAGACAUCCAUCACAGAGUUCAUUCUCCUGGGGUUUCCUGUCGGUCUGAGGGUUCGGAUGCUCCUCUUUGGGCUCUUCUCCCUGUUCUAUGCCUUCACCCUGCUGGGGAAUGGAGCCAUCCUGGGGCUCAUCUGUCUGGACCCCCGACUGCACACCCCCAUGUACUUCUUUCUCUCCCACCUGGCCAUCGUUGACAUGUCCUAUGCCUCCAACAAUGUCCCCAAGAUGCUGGCAAACCUUCUGAGCAAGAAAAGAACCAUCUUUUUUGCCCCAUGCAUACUGCAGACAUUUUUGUACAUGGCUUUUGCUCACACUGAGUGCUUGAUUUUGGUGGUGAUGUCCUAUGAUCGGUACGUGGCCAUCUGCCACCCACUACAUUACACUGUCAUCAUGAGCUGGACAGCAUGCACUGUUCAGGUCAUUGCUUCCUGGGCUUGUGGCUCCCUCCUGGCCCUGGUACAUGUGGUUUUGCUCCUGAGGCUGCCCUUCUGUGGGCCUCAUGAGAUAAACCACUUCUUCUGUGAACUGCUCUCUGUCCUCAAGCUGGCCUGUGAGGACACCAGGCUCAACCAUGUGGUCAUCUUUGCGGCUUCUGUGUUUAUCUUAGUGGGGCCCCUCUGCCUGGUGCUGGUUUCCUACACCCGCAUCCUCUUUGCUAUCCUGAGGAUCCAGUCUGGGGAGGGACGAAGAAAGGCCUUCUCCACCUGCUCCUCCCACCUCUGUGUGGUUGGGCUUUUCUUUGGCAGUGCCAUCGUCAUGUACAUGGCCCCAAAGUCCAGCCACCCUGAGGAGCAGCAGAAGGUCCUUUCCCUGUUUUACAGUCUUUUCAACCCUAUGCUGAACCCCCUGAUCUACAGCCUAAGGAACACAGAGGUGAAGGGCACCCUGUGGAGAGUAUUGUGGAAACAGGGAUCAGUGUGA